AGGUGACGUGUCCAUUACGAAAGCAAGGGACUGACAGCGAAUCCUUCCAUUUGCAUAUUUAUAGAAAUGAAGUGUACUAUCUUGUAUUACACGUACACCCCUAGAUAAUAUUAGUCUUCAAUCGUAGAACACGUGCCUCGUGUUAAUUUAUUUUAAUUAAUAAUUUAAUCGACCCACCGUUUUCAAUUUUUUUCUAAAAGAAGGAUCAAGAUCACACGUAAUGGGCCUUAAAUAGUGGGCCUACACGUAAUUUGUUGGGUUUGUUAUAUUUUCUGUUCGUAAAGGUAUUCGGCCCAAGUUUAGCCCGAAACCUGCGUCGUGCCGGCCCGUUCGUGGAAUUGACUGAAUGAACAAAUCAAUUCCGAAAAGUUUCAGAUAAGGUUCAUGAAUUUUGAGAAGCUCCUUGUUCCACGUAAUAUUUAUAUAUUGAUUUUACGCAUAGAUUUUUAGAUUUUUUUUUUCUUAUCAUAUGCCAAAAAUAAAUAUCCAUCAAUACUAUUUUUUUAUACUUAUAUACGGAAUACGUGGACCGAUUACACGUAUAGAGACAAUGAAAAAGGUCAAUUGAUUUAAUGUUCGAGUAAGUCCAUAGAUAUAUUAAAACUGUUACAAGAAUAUUUUGAAACGCAAACUUUAUUUUUCGAUUACGAUUUAAAAAAAAAAAAUCUUUUUAAUGUAUGUAUGUCUAUUUUUGGGACUGUGAUGGCAAAAACAAAAGGAGAAUACUGUUGGUGGCCGAGAGACCAAGGCACUGGAACUGAGUUAUCACUAGGAUAACCAUGUUGGAAACCUUGUGGGGCAUUUUCGGUAUUAGAAUAUAAUACGUCUUUUAUUUAUGACAAUAGUUUAUUUGUGAAAUCCAUAAAUGUAGUUUAUUUUUUAGUGAAAAAAUCAAUUUUUUUUGUUCUUAAUAAAAGAUGAGAGGCCAGAAAAAGCCUUUUGAGAAGCUAAAAAGAAGAGGCGAAGAAUGGUACUCUAAUGUUCAUCUUCUUCAUCAUCGUCUGUGUUCUGAGAAGUACUGUUCAUGGAAAGUAUGUCCCCACGGGCUCUGCCUUCAUUGGCUGACAUAACUGCCAUCUCCAAUAAUACUCAUUGGGGGGACCUCUUUAACCUCUCUCUCUCUCUCCUUCUCUCUCUCUCUCUCUCCCCGUAAAUCCGCAGUCCCAAAGCACAUAUUUACAUAGAUACACUUUCUUGGUUACAAGUAUUCUUCUUCUCCUACAUAGCACUCUCAAACCAAAUCUCUUCUCUCUCUCCUUCCCUCUCUCUCUCUCUCUCUCUCUCUCUCUCUCUCUCUCUCUCUCUCUCUCUCUCUCUCGUUUGUGUGUGUGUAUAUGUGGCAAUGCUAUAGGGUUCUAGUUUUGCCUCUUGGAGCUUCAUUUAUUACAAACAGUAGUGAUUUAGUUAGCGGAGGCAAACGUUUGGCUGAGGAGAGAGAGAAUAACGAGGAAUUAAUGUGACGCACAAACACGCGUAUCUCAAGCGAUCAAAGGAAAGGAGACUGUGUAUGUUUUGCUCCAAUGGAGAGCCUCCACUCUCACCUAUAGAUUCGUGUCUCAUGGAUGACCAUUUUGCCGCCGUGGACUGGUCACAACAUGGACUUCUUCCCUCCAAUGGCAGCCUCAGAUUCAAUGAAGAAGAAGAGGAAGAAGCACAAGUUCAAUUCUCAGACGACACCGCCAUUGAAGACAAGAUCCCAUUUCUUCAAAUGCUCCGACGCGUAGAGCCCACCGCGUUCUUGCCCUUCAGAUCAGAACCAAACCUUGUACAGUCCCUCCUCCAAAUCCAAACCCUAGAACUAGAAAGCUGUCUUACCCUCGAAACCACAAUUCCUCAUAAUGACAAGCCCUUCAAGUUGGGAUCUUUAUCACCUUCUCCUUCUCCCACUCCUUCAUUGGCGGUGCCACUAGCGAAUGAAUCCGUCAAACAAGGGAGAAAACGUAAACGGACGAGAACGCCUAAGAACAAAGAAGAAGUGGAGAGCCAGAGAAUGACUCACAUCGCCAUCGAACGUAACCGGAGACGGCAAAUGAACGAGCAUUUGAACUCCCUUAAGUGCCUCAUGCCGCAAUCCUAUCUCCAACGCGGAGACCAGGCUUCUAUUGUCGGAGGCGCCAUUGAUUUUAUCAAGGAGCUCGAGCAGCUAUUACACUCUCUCGAAGCCGAGAAACGGGACGUGGAGAAAGAUAAAACGGUGUCGUGUCGUGCAUGCAGUUCUUCGUCCGUUUUGAUCGGCUCCACGCCGGACGGCGAGGUCUCCGCCGGGAGAUCCGCGGUGGAGGUAGAAGCAACGGUGGUACAGAAUCACGUGAGCUUGAAAGUCCGGUGUAAAAGACGACGAGGGCAGAUUCUGAGAGCUAUCGUCUCUCUCGAAGAGUUAAAGCUUACGAUUUUGCAUCUCAGCAUCACCUCUUCCUUGGACUUUGUCUUCUACUCUUUCAAUCUCAAGAUGGAAGAUGACUGUAAGCUAGGGCCGGCCGAUGAGAUAACAGCAGCCGUUCAUCAGAUAUUCAAACAUAUCAACGGUGGAUGAUAGGGUCAAACAUUAGUCAGACUCAGUUGGCUUUGACCUUACAAUAAUUAAGGUUUCAGGAGGAGAGACAAGUACACCGUGUAAUAUAUAUAUAGAGAGAGAGAGAGAAAAAAAAUUGCUAAAGUAGGGUUGUAUUUCACCUUCUAGGUCUAUGGAAGAGUUUUCAUCCGACGGACCAAAUGAUGGUGUGGUGUUAUUGCAUGGGCUGUCGUUAGAGAUUUUAAUCGUAAUUUGUACUAAUUUCUUGUUUUAGUGAUCACUUUCUCAAUGCAUGG